AUGGCGUCAACAACAACGAAUCCGUCAACAUUACUGCCUCUUGAAUUGGUGGAUAAGUGUAUCGGAUCACGGAUCUGGGUUAUCAUGAAAGGAGAAAAGGAGAUUGUUGGAACAUUGAUGGGAUUCGACGACUACGUCAAUAUGGUACUGGAGGAUGUGGUCGAGUACGAACAAACACCGGACGGUAAACGAGUGACAAAAUUGGACACAAUUUGUGAAGCGGAAUCACAUAACGAUGCUUGUGCCUGGUUGUUGAGGACCGGAAGUCUGAAACCGCUGGCAAGCAUUUCAUUUUUGUUUACUAUCUGGAUGUCGUGGCGAAUCGUUUACCUCUUGUUGUAUGUACCACCCUAA